GUCAUUUUGUUAGUUUUCGUUAACAAUAAUAACCUCGGUUCUUAACAGUAUUAAUAUUAGACCUGGUCCUAAAUAAAGGGAGUUUCCAUAAAUGUAUUUUAUGCACAUUUUUAAGUCAAACUGAAGAUUUUUGUUUGUGUUGGAAUCUCACUGUUACCAUGGAAACAGGGUCAAACUGUCGCUGAGGUUUGGAAGAAGUAGAAGUAGAAGAAGCAUCAGCAUCUGAGACUGAAAGGCUUCAGCUGAAGCACAUUCAUGGAUCAGAGGAAACAUUUAACAGACGAGGAUUUACAGGAAAUCCACACAGUGGUGGAAAAGCGUUUAGAACUGUUGAAAAAACAGGAGGAAUAUGAGGACGUCAGCAAACGUCUGGAUGAACGGAGACAGAUGCUGAUGAAAAUACAAGAGGAAAACAGGAAGUUACAACAGGAAGUGGACGAGUUACGUCAGUUCAGAAUCAGCCACGACAUGAUUCAGAAGCGUAAAGAGCAUCUGGUUCAGAAGGUGCAGAUGGAGGUCACAGAGGUGGAGGUGACGGAGGUCGACCUGCAGAGAUCAAAGGUCAAAUACGACCAGAUGAAGCAGAAGGAGGAGGAGGCUCAGCGUCGGCUGCAGAUCCAACGAGUUUCCCUCGUUCCCUUCCUGGAGAAAGUCGUAACCAUGACGCAGUUUGUGGACGUGGAGAUGCUUAUGAAGCAUUUGGAGAACCUCCUCCACCUCAGAUCCAGUCUGUUCCAGAAGGACAAACUUAAAGUGGACCAGGUGGAGCAGCAGAAGAAGGACCUGCUGACCAUGGACUACCAGCACCACCUGGACAUGGUCCAAGCCCACAGCCGCAUGGCUGCAGUCCGCACGCAGCUGGACGCCGCCGCCCACCAGGCCCAGAUAUGGGAACAGAAGUGGACCCAGAUCCAGAAAACGUCUGAAAGACAAAUCCUUGAAUUGGGGCAGAUGAAGAUCUCCAUCCUCAACCUUUUUGAGGCGGCGGGGGGCGUGGUCGGAGAAGAGGGUGGAGUCGACAUGGGAGAUGCAGAGACGCAGCUGGAAACGAUUCAGACGUUCAUCCAGAGCUACGACAACGUAGUGAGACAAGGUCAGAGACAAAACCCAGACAAGACCCAGAGUGGACGCAAGAGAGCGGAGAUGCCACCGAUUAAACCCCGACAUUAAAAAAACAGAAGGAACAGACUUUAACCAGUAACACGGAAAUAGCAGCGUUCAUCAACUCAACAUUAAAACAGUUUAUUCAACAUUCGACAUUAAUAAGUUCAACAUAUACUCCUUAUUUCACUGGUUUAUAAGUAA